CAUUUUCAUUUUAAAUAUUAUGGUUGUUCCGUUUGUUAUAUCUGUAUUUCUACAGCUUUUUCAUCCCUUGAGAUCGUGCAAUGGCCGGCGUGGCCUUCAAACUACCUUGAAAAGUUAUAAGCAGAAGCUUCCGAGAACACAUAUAUUUAAUGAAUUAUAGUUUUAUGUUAUUUAGGUUAACAUUAAUAUAUACUAUGAAAUGAGUCUUUAUGUGACGCGUAUAUGAUGAAGAGCGAAAGGAACGGCGGAAUCAAAGGUAUGAAUUGGCAAAGGGUAAGGAAUGGCUAAGUUCAGGUAAUCCGAAAAUUCUAAAUCGUUUACCUCUAUGAUCUCAUUCCUGUAUCUGAGUGUUUUUCAGAGUCCUUUUUUUCUUAUCUUAAAACCAAGAUAUCACAGCUAAUUUUUAGUUAUAUGAUAGAUACCGUGCUUCCCUAUCCCAAUCAUUUUUUUUUUAAUAACAGUAACGUUCACACAGAUAGAAAGCAAUCACCUAGUAUGCUGAAAUUUGAACCUGAUACUUAAUGAUUUCAAACCUAUAUCAUUGACCACUAGACCACACCCUUGGGUGAAAUUUAACCAUACAUGUUUUUGGGGUUUUAUUUAAUUUUUAAAUAUACAGAUUUUAUUUUUAAAAAAACUAAGAAAUUGAUGUAAGAAUUCAUAUCAAAGUUAUAUUGAUAUGCGUUGACCCUAGUAUUUUAAACCUUGUCACAACCAAAAGAAGAAGAAAAAAAAAAGAAUAUGUAUACAUUGGUGGAUCAAGGAAGAGGGCAAUAAGAACUAAUAAACUCCUAUCUAGAACUAGAAUUUAAACUUUAUGAGUUGUAAAGUCUAACACUGAUAUAUAUAUAUAUAUAACAUUAAUAAUUGAAUUCUGAAUUUAAUUUUUAUUCAUUUUAAUGAAUGUCUUAAUAAAAAUGCAGGGGUUGAACUAAAUCUAUUAAAUUGAGCCGAACUCAUAAGUAACCUUCUAGUUCCGUCCUUACUUAUGUGUGGGAAACUCCCACUAGACCAUUAGACUUUAGGUUUGUCAUGAUCCUUUGUAUUUGAAACCUUGUCAUAUUUUGGGACAAAUGGACGUACUUUUCUUUUUGAAACAAGAAAAAAUAGGGGAAAUCCACUAACUGAUAUCCUUAUGUGAAGAUACUGUAUUUCAAGUACAACUAGGGUAACAAUGGUUAGGUUUGAGAACAAAAAAAUCCAAAAAAGAAAGACAAGAAACGAACUCUGCGGUUACAGUGUCGGAUUUCGUUAGUAGUUCAAAGAUUUUCAAUACUCAUCCCCCACGUCCUCUUCAUUCCUUUUCUUUAAUUAAUUAACUAAUCUCUCAACAGAACUCAUAUUAUAUUCAAGAAAAGCUUACCACGUUCUCUCUUGUUUUUCCCAUCUAAUUCUCUUAAUUAACCCGUCAGAUUAAUUUUCAUCAAUAAAUGCGGUUAGGAAUAGUAGUCAUGAAUAAGUGCGGUUAGUAGAAUAGUAGUCAUACCCCCAAUGAUUAGAUUAAGACAGUUAGUUAGCCUUCUAAGAGUUUUAUUAAUGACAUUAUAAUCCAAGUCCAAGAUUGCAUUAACCCAUUGAAAGGUUAGUAUAUUUUAUUUCAUUAUUGCAUGAACUUGGUCCCUCUGCUUAGUUGUACUUUGCCUGUUGGUUGGACCCACACUGGAGAUCAACCUUUGUAAAUUAAUCAUUUGGAAUUAUGGAAUUCAAUAAAGAAAUCAAUUUAAUCCUUUUCUAAACAUUCUUCCAAUUCCUUUGUAACCUUUUCUCGUAUAAAUGUCCCCAACUUUUAGCUCAUUCCAAGUGUGAGACCACCCUCAAAAACUUAUUUUGUCAGUAUAACAACUGAAUAAUAUUUAGUAAAGUCAUUCUCUCUUGGCCUAACACCCAUUAGGCCAUCAAUAUUAGAAACAUACACACACUUAACCAAAAAAGAAAUGGAGCAUGUGGGAGCUUUUUUUGAUGAAGAAUGGGAGUCAUUGAGCAAAUUAUUCUCAAGUACUGAAACUGCAGAUUUCAUGCUUCAAUUGCAUGGUGAUCAUGGCAUGUUCUCAACGAAUGCUAGCGAUAAUGCUGGCUCAAGCUAUGGGACUGAUCAUCCACAAUUAGCUGAUGAUCAUCAAGAAGCUAACAAUAACUUUCACUAUUUCUCUCAAGAAAGUAGCAUUACUAGCUGUGUAAGUGAUGGCGUGUUCUUUACUAACCACCCGAGCCACGAGCAUCUGCAGCAUUCUAACAACAUUGAUGAUGUCAAUAACCAGCUCCUUCAAGUAGCAAUUAACAACCACCAUGAUGACCAGUUCACUGAUUUCUUUGUUGACAAUAAAAAUCUUGAAAAUAUGUCUAUUAAUCCAGCUUUUCCAAAUGACAUGGCCUACAAAGAAGAGAUGGUAUGUGAUCAAUUGGACAAUGCUGAAAUUUCCCCUGUUUCAGACAAUGAAAUGCAGCUGAAGAGGAAAUUUGAGAAAACAGCACCUGAAAACCCCAAGAAGAAAUCGCGAGGCUCACAAGAGGCACAGAAAAGUACUAAGAAAAAGGCACAGCCAAAAAAAGGGAAAAAGAAUCAGAAGAUAACUGAAAUUAACAAUGAAGAAGGAGAAGAAGAGACUAACGCAGAUACCCAAAUUGCACAGAGCACAAGUUGCUGCAGCUCUGAGAAUGAUUCAAAUGCUUCUCAAGAAUUAAAUGGAGAUACAAUAUCUUCAAACCCCAAAGGGAAAUCAAGAGCCAGCAGAGGGGCUGCAACAGAUCCACAAAGCCUUUAUGCAAGGAAGAGAAGAGAAAGAAUCAACGAAAGAUUGAGAAUCUUGCAGAACCUUGUUCCUAAUGGCACAAAGGUUGACAUUAGCACAAUGCUUGAAGAAGCAGUUACUUAUGUGAAGUUUUUGCAGCUUCAAAUUAAGUUACUGAGCUCAGAUGAACUCUGGAUGUAUGCACCACUUGCUUACCAUGGAAUGGACAUAGGCUUCUAUCAAAAUAUGCUGCCAAGUUUGCAAUGACUUUAGAAGCAGCAUGAGUUGUUGCAAUUUUUUAUUAAGUGUUUACCUAUAAAUAACAGAUCCAAACAGAAACCCCCCUCCCCACUCCCCCCUCCCCCCUCCCCCAAAUAUGCUGACUAUGUACAAAAAGCAUCUAUCAUUUCUUCUUGAUCAUGAGAAGUAAUUCUCAUGUUUUAUAAAGUAACAUUUUAAAGUUCUCUGCUCACAUUGUCCAAGGAGG